AUGUGGACCGGCCCCUUCAGGAGUUCAUCUGCUGUGGGCCGGCCCCUUCCUUCAGGAGUUCAUCUAAUGUGGCCCGGCCCCUUCCUUCAGGAGUUCAUCUGCUGUGGACCGGCCCCUUCCUUCAGGAGUUCAUCUAAUGUGGACCGGCCCCUUCAGGAGUUCAUCUGCUGUGGACCGGCCCCUUCCUUCAGGAGUUCAUCUAAUGUGGACCGGCCCCUUCCUUCAGGAGUUUAUCUAAUGUGGACCGGCCCCUUCCAUCAGGAGUUCAUCUAA